GUAGGCUGCAGAAGGGGCGGCUUUCAAGGCGCAUGUAGUGCCCUUAUAUAGGGAGCAGGAAGGCGUUUGGGCUUUAGCCUCCGUUUCCGUUCCAGUGUCCUUGGCUGGAGAGACUAAGCAGGAGCAGGAGAUAAUGUUCAGGCACGUUUCGGCACUUCAUCAGCUGUCCCGGCGGACGCUAACUAGCAGCGCUCGCAGGCAGGUGGAAAAUAAAGUUCCACAGAAGCAAAAGCUGUUCCAGGAGAAUAAUGGCAUUCCAGUUCAUCUGAAGGGUGGAGCCGGGGAUGCCAUCCUGUACCGCACCACGAUGGGCCUCACCAUCUUGGGAACUGUCUUUGUAAUAUACGAGCUGGUCAAGGCAGCGCUCCCACAGAAAAAGGAAUAAAAACUCCUGGAAUUAUUUCUGCCGAAAUGGCCAUGUAUAUGUUGUAAGGAGUUUACAAGCUGUAUAUUUAUUCAUUUUCAUAAUGGGACCAAUCUACAACUAUGUAGCUCUGGACAAUAAAAUCUGCUUCCCAUGA